AUGGUUUUUCACUCUGUAAAUUGUCUAGCUGGUAUAGAGGUGACUUCCGAUGCAUUUGACAAACUUAUUGGACGCCCAAACCAAUAUACUCUGGUCAUGUUUUAUGCGCCUUGGUGUCCACAUUGCCAGACAAGCAAACCAAAGUAUUUGGAGGCAGCAAAACAGAUUGAGAAGUUGGAUUCAACGAAAAGUUUGGCGAUGGUCGAUUGCGACAACCAGAAAAACACAGAGCUCUGCCAGGCGCAUUCAAUCGAGAGUUAUCCAACAAUUAAAUUGUACUUUGAAGGCAAACUUGUGCAGGAAUAUGAAAAUGAAGUUAACGAAAAAAAAAUUACAGAUUUUAUGAAAACGCCCCCUAAACCUGAUGGCCAACCUACUUUAGCAGCUAUCGACAUCAACUCUAAAGUAACUUCACCUAGUAAAUGA